GUUCGUUUGAACCCGCCGGUUACCCGUCUAUGCGCCGAAGACAUUUUUACGUGAAAAAUUCGAAUUGUCGAAAUUUUGUUGCAAUAUUUAUUUUUAAGGAAAAUUCGCGUUUUUUUUUUCGUGACUUGAAAUGUGACAUUUUUCUUUAAUAAUUGACUUUUAUAGGUAGCGAAUUUUGAAACAUUUAUAUAAGAACAUUUAACGUUAUUUACAAAGUUGAAAUCUUGAAUUAAAUAAAUUAAAACGUAAGUCGAAAAUGGCGUAAAGUGAUCAGGAGCCUUCGGAAGAUGAAUGGAAAUGGGAUAUUUCGGCUGAUCCUCUUCGUGGCCGUAAAUUUCCUGUUCGAUAGUCCAACAGCAAAUGCCGGCGUAGUGAAGAGAUCGAUUCGUAUGGUGAGGGAAGUCUAUCCUCCUGAUAUUGAGCCAGAAAAUGAGGGAAUACAGCCACCAGCGCCGCAAGUUUGCAUAGUUGGAGAUGUCGUCUAUGCAGCAGAUGAAACAGUUCUAGCUGAACAACUAUGUCUGAAAUGUCGCUGUCAACCACCAGGAGUUCAAUGUGAGACUGUUCAAUGUGCCAAGAAACCUGGAUGUAAAGCCAUUCAUAGACCGAACCAGUGCUGUCCUGAUUAUCAAUGUGAAUGUGAGCAUGAUGGUAAAAUAUAUGGUAAUGGAGAAAAACUUGAAACAAAUCCUGGAGGCGAAUGCAAAGUGUGUUACUGUCGGGGAGGUGAAGUACAAUGCGCUGAAGUUUCAUGCUAUGUAAGAAAUGAUUGUGAAGGUAAAAGAGUACCUGGUACUUGUUGCCCAAAGUACGAUAAUUGCCCUCCUAUUGAUAUUCUUGAUAGAUCAUCACUAAUAACAGAACAACCAGCAAACACGUUCAAACCAACACAUUUCCAAAUAUGGCAAGAAAUAAAUUCAACUGAAGUCCCAAGCCUGCCUACUGAAAAUAGCAUUCCAGAAGAUAGCAAUAAGGUUCCAGAUACUAGCGAUUCCGCUACCGCGUCUCCUUUUUUUGAGGAAAUUUCAAAACCAGUUGAUACAUCACAUCCCAGAAUAACCAUUCAAGAGAUUAUUCCUGAAGUCAAGGAGAUUCCAGUAACAUCCCCACCAAAAAUCUAUAUAUCUGAACCUCAAGGAACUCUUGUAAUUGAAGAAUCUUUACCAGCACGCGAAAAUACCUCAAAUGAUCUUAACAUGGACUCUGAACCUGAAUCUAGUGAAGUAUCAGAGGUUUUUCAGCACCCACCUCCAGUUUUAAGAAUAGGGGAUAAACUAUUAUUCCUCAAAAAGGGUAACCUUAUACCCGAAAAGGAUACUACCACUGCUGAUAGUAUAAUCACUAUUAUAGGUGCCGAGGGUUUACAAAGAGGAGGUGUGGAAGAAAGCCUAGAAGUUCACGAAGUCAGAAUUGAUCCACAGGUUGAUAUCUCAAAUGGCAAAGCAAUUUCAAACACGCAAGAUCAAAGUGAAAUACAUAACACUAGUGGGGAUUUAGAAUCAAUUUAUGAAAGUUUCAAUCUCACCAAAAUUGUUCAAGAACCAAAUACUAACACAGACACAAAUGAUUUGGAGCUCAAAUCAGCAGAAAGCACACAUAUUCUCAGUUUGGUGAAGAGGAAAAAUACCAAAGCUUUAACCACAACAUCUACAAUACCCACAACCACACGACCAAAAGAAAUUUCUACCACUUCAGCAAGCAUAGUUGAGGAGCCUCAAAGUCAAACCACAGUAUUACCUGAAACAGGAGGAACAACUGUAAUAAACGAAACAACAGGUAUUAACACUUCUACGACAAUUUUGCCGGUAAUAGAAGCUAGAACUGAAUCACAACCGAAAAGCACUGAAUUAGUUGCUGAACAAAACCCAGCUUACCCUCCAAUACCAGAUAUAAUGCCUGCUGUUGGUGAUGUUUCUCAAAAAUUUGAAAUUGAGUUAGAAAAUGACAAUUCAACCACGAUGGAGAUCAAAAUUUUACCGGAAGUUUUCGAUUUUCUAAGCAACAAAUCAAGAAAUAAUGAAACUCACAGUGAAUGGCUAAAAUCACCCACGGGAGGGAAGAUCAAUGGCACUGUGGGCAAUUUCAAUGCAGUAAUAUUGCCAGAUGAAAAAUUUAAAGAACGAUCUUCUUUUGAUGAAGAGAACGCUACUAGGAUUUUAUCAAUGACCUCAGACCCUGAAUCGGAAAAUUUUAAGACAGUUAUUACUGUUGACAAUAUUGGAGAUUCCUCUAUAAAAACUAGUUCAGAAGGGGAUGCGGAAAAGGCAAAAACAGACAAUUUUGGAGUUCUUAAGAAAAAGGAAACCUUAGAAAAUAAGGAAAAGGAACCACAAAAAUUAGGGGCAGCUUCUGAAAAAGUACUACUGCAAAGAAAGCAAAGCUCAACUGGAGAAAUUCAACAAGAAACUGAAAGAAUCAUUGAAAAUAAGACGGAGAAACAACUGUUGGAGGAAGGUGCCCAAUUGAUAGCAGAAGUAAAACUAUCAGGAAAUGAAUUUGAGAAUGCAGAAUCAUCUAGUGAGUCGCCAAGUAUUAUAACUAUAUCCAGCAUCGUAUCAGAAGCGAUUGGUAAAGAUAAGCUAAAAAAUAAUGAAGAUGAAAAUAAGUUAAAUUUAGCAGUCAUCAUGAAGGCAUCGGAAUUGGAAGUAGCAAAACUUGACCAUCUUUCUAAACCGACUACUGCAAUCAUCCCCAGGUAUGUAGAAAGUAUUGAAACUGACAGUGGGGAGCAAACUACUCCAAAGGCGAACCACUCAUCUAUGAUCUCUAGUGAAAGUGCUAGUGUUGAGAUCGCUCAAUUAGAAGAUAAAACUAAACAUUCAGAAACUAGAGAUAUGACCUCUAGGAAAGAAAACAGCUUUGAACUAGGUAGUGUUGAAAUUAUCGAUAAUAGUUCAGAUGCAAUACCAAAGGACGUUGAAAUGAUUGGUGUCCAAGAAAUUAACUUAUUUUCAACAACUGAGGUUUACAAAAAAAAUGAAAUGGAACAGGACGUAGAAGUCAUACACUUACUCACUACACCUAAACCCACGAAUCCAGCUAGAGUAGAAACCAGUACCUAUGAGCUUUUACCUACACCUGAACAAGCCAAAUCAAAAACAUUGAUCAAAAGAGAUACUACAGGGGAUGACAAUGUUUUUAAAGAUUUAGAAAAAGAAUUGGAAGCCGAGUCGUCAGGGAAUUCUUUCAAAGAUCCUAAAAAAGAAGAAUCAGAAGCUGACGAAAUUUUCAAGGAGCUAUUGAAUGAGAACAUAGGUAAUACCAAAAUCAAGCCAAAAACUAAAGAGCAAGAAAAGAUUGAUAAUAUUAGUGAUGCUUUAGCUGGAUUUGCUUUGAAAGGCCAAAUACCGGACCCCAAUGUGUUAAGGCUUAUUGGAGAACUUUUUGGAGGACAGCAACGAGAAUAAAAGUAUUUUUUUUGUUAGGAAAUAUAUUCUUUUGUAUGUUUCAAAACCUGAUUUGGUUCCAUUAUAAGGUCGAAGACGAUUUUGCUACCAAGCUAUUGGUACUACUGAGAGCUUUAGAAUUUUUGCCAAUAUAACUGUGAGAUAUCUAGUGUUAAGUAAUUAUCCAGUAUUUAUUACCUACCUAUGUGUAAUUAUUGGACAAUUUUAGAAAAUAAAAUUGUUCAUUUAUCUCUUUAAGUCUACUGUAGAUUUAAGAUAAUUGAUUUUGUAUAGAUAUUAGGUAUUGUAAAAAGUUAUCAUCACCAAAUUAAAAAUAUUGUUUCAUAUUUUAUUAUACCUGUGUCAUUGGACCAAAAAACUAGCUCACUUAUGACUUCAAAGAUUAUUAGCCUACCUAAAAUUUUUCAACAAUUUUCAAAAGUACCUAGUGCAAAAAAAAUUACCUUCAGUAAAAUUACAGAUAUCUACAGUACCUAUUCCAAACUAAAAUGAAAAAGUCAAUGAUUCUCAUUAUUAAUUCCAUCUGUCGGUACAGCUGAAAAUAUGGUUCUGAACACAUUACAAUAUUACAACUGCAAAUAGUCAGCAAUAUGUGCCAUUUGCGAGGUUGAGACAGUAAUCGAGCAAAUGAAAAAAAAAUUAACUCGGAUUUUGUGACAGUGGUUGGCUUUCAGAAUAUGGCUUUCUGAAAGUACAAAAUUCAAUGCGCACGGUAUAUAUAUAACACAUACCAUACUUGAAUUUGAAGUUUCCCAGAGAAAAGGCAGCUCAAUGAAAAUGAUUUUUCAAAAGCGUAAGUUAUCUUCUACCAGUAUUAAACAAUAGACACAUAAUGUUUCCAAAUUUGAUACCCCUACAAAAAAAAACACCUCUAUGGUCAUGCAAUGUUUCCUAAUUUCAAUAGCGAAAAGCCCUCCAUCUGAAUUUUCUGCCUGCUUGAGAUGAUUUCGGCUUGGCAACUCUUUUGACUUCUUUGACCCUUUUCACUGCAAAACCGUUCGGGUCACGCCACUGGGCGGAAAUAUUGCAAGGGCAAGUGAUCACGUAACUAUGAAACUGCUCUUUAUCCGCUCCGUUUUGCCAAGCCGAACUCAUUUUCUAACCUCAAUGAAAAUAUCAACGUAAGAAAAGAUAAGAGUUGGUCAUCUCUUACGUUGCGUUUCCGGUGACAUACUUGACGCAAAUAAAUCGAAUGUGCGCACACUUAGGACUUAUGUUACGUCUUUACGGUUACGUUACGUCCAUUGUAAAAUGAGCUUUAAAGUGUCUAGUGUCUCAGAACUCUCGGAUCGGUAUCCGCAUCGGUAUCUAAUGCGCAUGUGCAGAAGCUAUUCGGAUGGCGCGACACCUUACGUACGAGCAAUGUUGCGUUAUACGGCCCUCUCGCGGUAUCUCUAUCGGUAACGCAUCCCAACUAAAUCACGUCAUGCUUGUGUCAAAAGCAGGCAGCAACGGGUUGAAAUUCUCUAAUACUAUAUUUGUGUUAUAAUCUCGAAAAAAGUUGUAAGGAUGUGCUCCUCUACCAUUUUGAGGUUGAGCAUAAAAUCGCGGAAAACUCACACAAAAAUUGCUUAGUUAAUUUAUGACGUUUACGUUACCGGAACAAAUAAAUAAGAUUUAACAUUCUUUCGCUUGUCAACGAGUUACGUUACCGAUACCGAUACCGGCGAAUUGUCUAAAGCAGCUUCUCUGAUAUCUUUUCGCUCUCUCAAUAACAAUAUACCUAAUAUCAUAUGCAUAGUCAGCCAAUAAAGUAAUGUCCCUAAUUAAAAAUUUAUCCAUCUAUAGAAUAAAACGUUUGGCAUUUAGCUGUGGUUGGUUUAUCAGCUGUGGGCAAAUUAAAAAAAUAUAUAUAUUCAAUGGUUUCUGUUUAAGAGGCCAGUGCAUUUUUAAUUCCAGAAAUAGCUUUAUUAGCUGAGUACAACCAAUAAUCUAUCUCUUUGCGGCAAGCGCCUCAUUCCUGAACAACUUGGCAACGGGCGGCGGGGCCUGAUCUGAAGUUAACAUUUAAAUAUGUUCAAUUUUUAUUUAUUUUUUUGUUUCUAUACAUGCAUGAUAUUGGAAUUCCUUGUAUUGUUGUAACAGUUGUUUUGAUGGUGUAAAUGUGGUUAAUUUGAAAUACUGAUGCUAAUACACUAUCAUCUCCACGAUGCAGGAAAUAUCCAGGACUCUACCGCGAAUUUAGAAAUUGCGCAAACCAUUACCCCGCACACAAAACUGGGCAAAACUUUACCGGGCAAUUCAAAACACCAAAAAUUUGAUUCUCAACCAGAUGUCAACGUAAGAGGCCAAGCAAAACAAAACCACAAGUGUCGGAAACCAUGGGUUUCUGAAGUUAUGAGAAAUUUAAUUUAAAUCUGAUAUUUUGAAAGGUUUUCAAGGUAGCAAUUAGAAAUUCGCAGAUCCUGUUCUUUUUCGACGCAAACCAAUGAAUCGAUUUAGAUAACAGAUUCUGGACUUAAUUUUACAAACAGUCUAUAGAAAUUUGUUACUCAAAAAAAAAAAAAUGUUUUUCAGAUAUAGGGUGCUCAAAUUUCAAAACUCAAAGAUUGUUUUUAUCGUAGGUACUCGUUCAUUUUGUUGUUUUUUCUGUAUUAUUUUAUUUCGCACUCUUGCUUGUGCUUCUUUAUAUAUUUCUUCAUCGCUUUUUUGUCGAGAUUAGGUACAUACUGUUAGUUUUUUUUUCUUUUGUCUGCUAUGUCUUUCUCGAUUUCUUCAUUCCACCAAAUAACGUUUUUGUGUUCUUUCAAUUUUUUCGUAUUUUCCUAGGGCUUCAAAUGCUGCACUGUGAAUACUUUGAUAUGCUGGUAAUGCAUUUCGGGGUUUUGAAGGUUCAGAGUUAUCCGUAAUUUUCGCUCCACAUUUCAUGUACGCUUUAUUCUUCCAGAGAUUUUAGGUUGUAUUGGCUCAGUCUAGGCUCUUUGUUUUUCCUUUCCGUUGUCUUUUGCGAUGUUUCUCCAAGGAAUAAAUAUUCUUGUUUUCAGCAGGUAGUGGUCACUGCCACAGUUCGCUCCCCUUUAUGAUUUCACAUCCUGGAAUUUUAUGUUCGAAGUCAGUGUAGGUAGUCAAUAAUCGAUUUUUGUUGUAUAGUUACAUUCUUCCUCGUAUUUCUGUAUUGUUUCUCCAUUGAUAUUUGUUAAAUUUUCUCCAAAUUUUCCUACUAUUCUUGCCUUUUCUUCCUGUUCGUCCAUUAAAGUCUCCCAGCAAUAUUAUUUUCCUCCAAUUUUUUACUUUUAUGAUUUUGAACACUAAACUGUUGAUAUUUUAUGACGUGUGUGUAAUAAUACGUACUUCACUUUUUAAGGCUCCACAUUUUUUUUUUGCUAAAAGUGACCAGGUUAUUGAGAUAUUUAAUAUCUAAGUUUUAUCAAUAAUUAUUAUUCUCGUAUACUUAUUGUAAGGCCUUGAAAAUCUUUACACUAAUUAUCUUAAUUAUUUCUCGUAAAUAUCUCAAUCAAUAAUCGCUUUUAAUAAUAAAUAGGUAGAUACAUUUUCUUUUUCUUUCCUAAUCGUUAUUUAACGAACAAGUGUAUCAUUAACAGGAAAUAGGUACCUAGUUAUUGAUAUUUUUUAAUUAUAUUUCAACCUGCAAGUGUGAGAAAGAGGCAGGAAUAUUGAUCCUAUUUUCAAAUGAACAAUUAUUAACAGGUACUAUUUCCAUUUUUGUAGAGCAACGUUAUAACUAAACCAAGUUUAUAGAUAAACUCGAGUAAAAUUAUAAAUUGCCUUGCAUCGUUCUCCAAAAUUCGAUUGAAUUAAUCCAAUCCAGGAUUAAAUUGAAUAAUCGGUGUUGGCGGUCUAAUUUCCUAUAUCAAAUUCUAACCUAGAAAAUGUAUUUUUGUACCACUUGCGGCACUAAUUUAUUUGUGAAUAUAUAUACCCCCCACACAUCAUUAUAGAAAACUUUAUUUAUCAUCGUUACGCUACAAAAUAGGUACACCAUCUUCUGUAUACCUAUUUCAUUUUCAAUUACCAAAAUUUGAAACCUUGGACAUAUUGUAAUUGGGGUUUUUUAUUGAAGCAAUUUUUAUGGUAUCUACCUUCGUAUUGACCAUUUAUAUAAAACUAUAACCCUAUAAGUUUGUAUGCCUGUGGAAAUCUGAUCUGGUCACUACAGAACAGCAGAUUUUACGACUUACCAGCCGUCUAGGCUCCUCUAGCAAUACUCCUUUUCUGUUCCUCAAACUUCUUUAUUCCACUGAAACUAAAAAUAUUUCAAUAAACAUUAGGAAAACACUCGCAGGGGACACAAAAUAUUUGAACGUUUAAAUUUUUCUAACAGUAUAGGUACUAAGACGUGAGUUGAAAAAAUGAGGGUAGGUACUGCCAAAUAGUCAUAGGAUCUCAAAAAGAUAAACUCUAGAUGGCAGCACGAACUAAUGCAGCUCGUACCUCAUGUUGUCAAGUUGUGCAGCAAUGGAGCAGGCGGCCACCAAUCGAGAGAAUUGGUUGAUUGUACGCUAAUUUUCACGGCCAUUUAUUUUUUGAGACAUUCUUAGCUGGGGUAUCUCAUUUUGGAUAAAGAUCAAGAAAAAAUAUGAGACGCGUUGAUACUGUCACAAUGAAUAGAUGAUAGAUUAAUAGACGAGCUAAGUACCACAAUUUAGAAUUUAGCCCUGUCAGAAAGUCGAAAAUUUCCCAUGGCGAAAUCGAAUUUACAUCCCACUGUCUUGAAGCUAUCCAGGAAUAUGAAGCUGAAAUAUGACCCCUUAAAAAAUGUUCUAUACCUAUUUGAAUUUUUAUUUUAUGUCCGCAAUCAGAUAGAAUAGGUAUACCACUUUAUUUUGAGUAGCGGUUUAUGAGCUGUUAAAUAUUUUAGUCUUUAGAAAAACAUCUAGAAAUAUGCUAGACCAUUUUAUAAAAUGAAGAAGCAAGAUCUAAGGUAUGAGAAAAGAUAAAUUCUGAAAUAAGGGCUGGAAUUUAUUAUGAUAUAUUUGGUUCGAAAUAUUGAGACCAUAUUUUUUUCUCCCAAAUAAAUAUUCUUCUUCUCCGCUCAGUUUAUGUGAAAAUAUAGGUAUACCUACCUCCUAGAAGAUGUAAUAUUUUUGUAAAAGCCAGUACUCACCUCCAGGAUUUGCCACAAGAAUGCAUAAUUUUUAAUUUUUUUCCAAAACAACUGAUCUCAUCCAAAUUGUGACAAAGAUACCUUUAGAUAAGUGUGUUACGGUAUACAUAAAAAGUAGAGAAAAUCCAGUAGCACACUACUGAUUUCCACAAGAAUAUUUAUUCACUAAAGCUUACCACGCAUAUCCUCCAUGAAUAUUAUUUGGACGAAAAACUAUUAACUCUAGGUAUAAAAAUUUCCGUCAAGAAAAAACUUUGCUUAUUAAACUCCCACAGAUAAUUGUAAUGUCGCGGCAUAUGUUUCGUUCGACAUUCUGUGAGUAACGGCAAACUCGGUGGAAUGGAAUAAUUUAUUUCCUUAAUCAUCAUAGGCGAUCACUCGAUACCUACCUAUUCUGUUCUUAUGGUCGUCGAUUGUGCGUUUUCUCAUCGCUAUAAAAACCAAUUCUGGAGCCGCACACUCUUCCACGUUCUUGGCAUUCCCAACCUCUGGCAGCAUUAUCUCUUCCUCUGUUCUCUCGCUCCUUCCUGCGGUCGCUCUUUUCGGUCUCGUGUCUGCGUCGGUUUUCUUCGAAAGUUUGUAGUCCGUGGUGGACUACUCGACGCAAUGAGAGCCUAUCAUUUGCCGUCGCGUCGUCUCCCAGUUGCUGGUAUCGAUGCGGCACUCUACCAUAUUCCCCCUAAGAACAUCCUCGUUUUUGUUAACCUCCCUGAUUUCGAUUUCCCUCUUUCAGUUGACUGUAGAAAAUCUGUCGUGGAAGACGUGUUUCGGGCAUGCGGACGAGGUGACCUAUCCAGCGAAGUUGGUACUAUUAUUUCCCUAAUAGCAUAUUGACGUCUAUUGGACGUUCAACACUUACUUUGCGGGCCUCUGAAAUGUUCUAUGUAGGUACGUUCCUUUCAUGACUAUGGAGGUAGUUUAUUGGUCGGCGUCCAAAUAUCUAGCAAGUCAGCGAACGUCAUUUGUAAUGUCUGACGAAGUCCUUUUGGAACGUGAAAACGAUUAUCUGGAAAAUAUAAACUCUAAACAAUAUACGCAUUUAUCAAAAUAAACGGCUGUCAUAAUCACCUAAUUUUUUCCUGAUUUUGGCGUCCUGCUCCUGGGUCCAAUGCACGUACUCCUACUCUUACUACCCUAGUCGUCGUCGUUGUUGCCAACCAUAAAUUAUUUUUCCUAAAAAAAUCACUCCUCUUGGUGGCUGUAAUCAGAGCCUCGCAUCUCAUGAGAAACUUUCAAGCUUCCUAACUGCGACCUGUCAUCUAGAAAAUAUUUCCUGUAUUUAUUGUAGCCAUGAAACCGAUUCUUAUUUUUCCUGGAUUUGGAAAAGUCUCUGUUGAUUGCAACUGAACUGAGGAGCGAAAGUCGAGUGAACCAUCGACCUGUAAUUACUAACUGCUGAGCUGAUAUCUAUAGAGCAUUUUCCAUGAAAAAAAAACCGUUGAAACUAAUGUUGAAUUGUUUGCAAUCAUUUAAAAAGUUUAAUUCCAAGCUAGGCGACGUUGCUCUACUUUCAUUGAACUUUCCUUGUUGCAAGUCCUCAGACGUGAGAUCCAAUACUGGACUCAGUUUGAACGUCCGAUGAACGUCGGGUGUCAUUAUCGUUUUAGGUAGGUACCAAGUUUUAAAACAUUCAUUAUCUAUCCAAAAACAUUUGUUUUCAACAAUUUCAACUAUGGUUAACUACAAUUUCAACUAUUUUGGUCUCCCUAAUGACAUCUGCUCAUGCUUCAUAAAAGAGUGAAAGUCUAUCUAUUUUAUUCUCAACUCAAUUCAAUAUUUUGUAUGGGGCUAUUCUGAAUAAAAGAGUGAACCAAUUGCUGUACACCCAUGCGGAUGGACACAGGUAAAAUUUAAAGUUUUAAGGUUUGGGGGUGGACAUAAUCGAUACUUUGAAACGUUUGAGUUUUCAAAAAUAUGUCUGGCAGUCUGAUUUAACUUUAUAAUAUUAGAGUUGAAACAUAAUGGCUAGUUAUCAAGAAUCCUUUUAAUAAAAAUAAAAUGUAUGGGGUAGUGUACUUUCUUUUUUAUUGGCAUCUAAAAUUCCUCUUAGAUCUUGAAAUAAAUAGGUAUAAUAAAAUCAUGAGGAUUACCUACCUAUAUGAGUUUUGCGUUUUUCAAAAUAACGGUAUUGGGUAUCUUUUCCUCAAAUUAACCAUCGAUAUCCAGUCAUAUAGAGAAGUAUGAGACCAGUAAUGAACGAGAUUUUUUGAAUUUACGGAGGAUUUAAUUAUUUGCAAAAUUCUUAUAAGAAACAUCUCUUAAGUCACAUUAGGUUUACCUAUGUAAAAAAACAUAUUUUUAGUCAAUAAGAUUACCCCCGUACUCCAUAAGGGGUUAGCACCUAUGCACUGCAGAUUAUAAAAUAGUGGUAUGGAAAAAAAAACAAUGAAAUCCAGCAAGAGAUAACUUUCACUACCUUGGCGUGCUUAUAUGUGUUCUUCAACGCCAGUAAGUAUCUAAUCACUUUAGUGAAAAUAAGACAUUUCCUUGAAUUUUGUCUUUGCACCGUUUUUAGAUUUAAAAAACUAUUGCUCACCGAUGUAUGUAGAUAUAAUGAUAAAAUAUACAAAUUAGGACGUGUUAGAGAUUAGAAAUUCAUGCAUGACUCUAUUAUUAUAGCCAGGUACCUAUUACAUAAUAGAAAUUAAUUGUUUCUGAACUCAAUGAGGGAUUUCCUAUUGAAAUUUUAUUGUGAUGAAUAUUUGGAAAAAUAAAUCAAAAUUGUUUCCAAGGUUUUGCUUUCAAAAAAAUCUGCAAACUAAUUAUACUUAUUUUAGAAUAAAAUAAAUAUUUAUGUUAUGUUUAAUUUGGACUAUUAAUAUAAACAUUAUUUA